UAUGAAAUUUUCACAAUAUAUGCAGAUAUUCAUUCAAAAUUCAUGACAAACGUUACAUUUAGUGUUGUUUUAUUCUUCUUUUUUUAAAUUUUUACUUUUUUGUGGGUCGAUUUAUGAAUUACGAGGUAGACUCUUCUAAAUGCUAAUUAAUAUGAGAUGUGUAAGAUUCAAAUAAAGUUCUUACAACAUGAUUAUCCUAGUGAGUAUGGAAAACUGUAACACAUAAAGAAAAAAAUAGCAAUAAGAAUUUAAAUCCAGGCGAUUUGUGAAAAUUUUAUGCUGAUGAAUGCAGUAGAAAUAUUUUUAUCAGUGCUGUAAGACUUGUAUUAUUCCAUGAAUCAUAUAGGGGAAAUUAGCAGUACGGAAAUACUUUUGGCCCUUGAGUGUAGUUCCUAACAGCCUAACAAGAGAGGAAAGAUAACACGGCCGGGAAAAUUAGUUUUCUGUCGCCUGUAGUUUGGUUCUGUCACUACAUGUUAACUUCCGGGUCAUAAUCGGUCAUGUUGGGAAUCCCCUCAACUAUCCUGGUAACAAGAUUAGAACAGUGGAAAAUCUCCUGCCCACUGUCACGGUGAAGACGAAGCUUCAUUCAUAAGUAUUUUGGAAGUUGUAAAACCCACUUUGAACAGCUAGCUGUUCCAUUCCAGCCGUAGGAGCUAGGAAAUCAGUCAACCAUGAAGAAGAUUCGCUUGUCAGACACUGACCUUGACCUGUUUGACCUGGAGAUCUCUCCGGGGGAAUUCAUGUUCUUUACCAAACACAAAGAGGCUUUCCGGUGUAUGUGGAAAGAGCAGGGGUUGUCCUUCUGGAAGAAGUUCAUCAUAACUUUCCGUAGUUUCACCAAUCGACAUGGAGCUAUCAAAGAAAUAUCCCACAAUUCACCCAAAUUCGAGGACUUCAUUGAUCAAGCGUUUAUUUUUAUACAUGAAAACUUUGUUGAAGGCAGGGAAGGGAAGGCAAGAACCUUUAUUGAAGACAUUGCCAAGCUGGCCCAGAAUCGAGAUAGGUUUAAAGAUCUGGACUCCAAGUCCUUUGCCAAAGAUCCAUUUUACAUGAGAGACACAAGAGACCUGUUUAGGAGAUUUUUUGGACCACCAGAUCAAAAGACAUCGUACCUAAAGGUGUAUGUGGUCAGUCCAAUAUAUUUACGAUUCGGAGGAUCGGCCUGUCGGUGUUUGCGGCGGUGGCUGGACGCCCCCACCAUGGAUGAAACGGAUGAAUCUUAUUGGGUACCACCUGAGAUUUUGAUAAGCGGUAAAGGAAACCAUCGUAGCAUGGUGGUAAUGUGUAAAUCAUGUCUAGACGAUUGCAGUACGAAAUAUUUCCGUGAAAAACUAAGUGGCAAAAAGAAUGGGCCGAGUUUUAUAGACUGUUGGACGCUUGGAGACCCACGAUUUAAAGACGAAGAAAAUCCACUCUUUGCGCCGUACUCGGACGAAUUUUCGGAUUGGAGGGACACUUUAUCAGUGGAGCAGUUUCGGGACUUUUUACACUAUGCCAAAAACAAACAUGGUGAGGAUUCAGACAAGUGUCAGGAGUGCUUGGCCUUGAAUGCGAAAAAAGAGGACCCCAUGGAUAGUAUCACUGUAGCAGAGUGCAAGUCUGACGGACGCAAAAAGAAAAAACGCAAGAAGAAGAACAAACUAAAACCCACAGCCGAUAAUGUGUACAAUGAUAUUGAUGACCUGGUGGCACACAUAGAGGGAGAGAAAAACCUCGAGCACAUGCCAGCUUCCACUAUUGCAGGGGCGAAGGUUUCCGACAUAAUCAUACCAGUCAAAAAGGAGAAGGAAAAUGCACAGAGCAAGCCCAGUAACAAGAAGAGAAGGAUCUUCACGGAUAAAAUGAAGCGUGUGGAGGAUUUCAAGUCGGGGAUCAUGCAGGCCUCGGACGAUCUGCCGAGGAAUAGCAGAAUAGGAGGUUUCAAUGUGGUCCGUAUUGAAGAUGCGGUGACAGGGGCCAGUGAGCUGACUAUAUCUGUGAGGGCUAUACAGGGUGAUGAAGGGAGAUCACCCAUACCUAGGACGGCUAGAUCCCAAAAUUCCUAUCCACUUACUGCUAACAUAAUCCGAAGUCACCUGCGGAAUCUCCCGGUGAAGACGGAGUGGCAUGAGGGAGACUGCUGGUGUGCCUGUGUGCUGGACUACUCCGUAGAGGAAAAGGAAAAUCCUACCAACUUUACCAUCAAAGUGUCCGGACCAGACGAAGACUCCACCAAGAGGACUAUGUUUAAAUUAUUAUUUUAUGUGGGGCGCAGAAAGAACCGAUCCUGUCCUGGAUGGGUCAUGGAGGAUGAUGAUGUCGUGGCAUGCAUCUUGCCGGACGACUGCCCUGACCAGGAGGGACUGACCAUUUGUAUUAUUAAAGGCUUCUUCUUCCAGGAACGACUCAGCGAGGAAGAGAGAAAGACCAUGAUUAAGAAAGAAGAUGCAGAAAAGCCAGCAGAGAAAGUUUUAAUGACAGUCAGAGGAAAGGAAGUGGAAAGACUGAUGAAGGAUGAACAAGGGAGGAAUGCAUUGAAAUGUGUGUUGGACACCUUCAGUCACAGCCAUACUAUUAAUGGGAACACGGGAGGCACAAUUAAUUUAACUGAAACAGUGUUAGAUAAGGAUGGGAAAGAACAGGAACAACCUGUGUGGAAUCAGAUACAAAAGGACCCUGAGAAGUUCGAGCUCUUCUUCAUGAUAUCCAAAAUAAAUGAGCCUGAACUCCAAAAAAGAGGCUUUCGAACCAUAGACUAUUCUUUUUUUGAGAAAGACCCUUUGAAUAAAACCAUGCCUUGGGAAAGAGUGUUCUGUCUACGAUGUAAGAAAAAUAGGAGAAUCUGUCCAUGUGGACCUUUUAGAAAAUUUGUGGAGUUGGAGCCUACAGCCAUGGAGCCUGUCACUGUAACAAAGCGAGAGGAUCUGGACUUAAGGCUCGGGACUAUCAAUAAAAAGCCCAUUCUUCAGGACUUACUGAAUAAAGAGUUUGAACGUCAUGCCAUUCUGAAAGAAAGAGAUAGACAGCGAUUAGAUGAAAUCAGUGCCAAUUUAAAGAAAAUCCCAGAAGGCGAAGAAGUGGAUCUCAAAACUAGGGAGGAAAUUAAAGGUUUCUUCGAAGCUGUCCUGAAAAAAAGAAGGAAAUGUGAUGACGAAUUUGUUCCUCCAACCGAACAAGCUAUGAAGGAAAAAUUUCAAUUCGAAAGGGAGAGGUUAUUCAAGAGGAUGAUUGUGAUGGGAAAAGAUCGAGGAGUGGUAAAGGAAAUGCCUGAAGGAAUGAAAGUAAAGAAGGAAGCAGAAGAGGAAAAGAGGCCUAAUGGGGGUGAGAAGGAAAAUGUAACAGAGAGGAAAAGUAAUGACACAAACAACAACAAAGACAAACUUGUCAAAACUGAAAAGGAUGUGGGUAUUCAUAAUGAAAGUAGAGAUGAAGCAAAUACACAAACUGAAAGUAAACCAAAAGAGAAAGUAGGAGGAAUAGUAAUUGAAGAGAGGGGUACCAGCCUUAAUGAAGAUGAUGAUUCAGAAAUACAGAAAGGACAUGUGAAUCACUCAGCAGUAACAGAAGAGGCGGUCAGAGAGAAAGAGGAGGUGGUGGAAAAUGUAGGUGAAGAAAAGAGAGAAAGCAUAGCAGAAGUCAGAGAGGAAGAGGAGGCAGUGGAAAAUGUAGGUGAAGAAAAUAGAGAAAGCAUAGCAGAAGUAGAUGACAAAGGACUCGAGAGCAUUUCUGAUGAAAGUGAUGAAAAUUGGGAAAGCGUGGGCAGUGAUUCAGCUGAUGAAUAUCAAGAUGCAAAUAAAAAUAUGCCUUUAGAAAAUGACAUAGUGGACAUUUCUGAGCCUUCAAAUAAUUGUGUAAACACACAAGCUGUAGAGCAGGAGAGCUACGGGCUGACAAAGACAGCAGACGAGACCGAAACUGGACCAAACGGGAAACAAGCAACAACCCAAAGCCCAGAAUCAGAGAAUAAUGAGAAUCAUCUGAGUACAACCGAGAAUGAGCCCACUCAGCCAGGGGUUGUGAAAGGUCAGUUAAGCAAGGAAAGGGAAGCAACUCAGUCUAAUAAGGAGGAGGCGGCACAUAGUGGAGAUACACAGCAAGGCCUGACAGAGGAAAAUCAGUCAACUGUAACUGAAGAAAAUCAGUCAACCAUGACUGAAGAAAAUCAGUCAAUUGUAACUAGAGAAAAUCAGUCAUCUGUGACUGAGAAUGAGCCAUCCCAGGCUAAAGAAAAUAAGUUGUUAUUCUCAGAGAAAUUUCAGCUGACUCUCAAGAAAGAAGAAAGUUUGGGAAGUAUGGUUCACCCAUUAAACCACAAGGUUCAGGACCAGUCAAACAAUACUCGGUCAUCUGUAACAGAUCUAGAGAAUUCAACCAGGACAGAACAAAUCCAGCCAUCUAUAACAGACCAAGAGCAGCCAACCAUUACAGAACAAAACCAUUCAACCGUAACACACCAUGAGAAACCAACACCCGACAAUCAGAAUCAAUCUAUGGAACAAGUUACGGUAGAAUCAUUCAGCAAAAAGCAAAAUUCGACUCAGACAGAAAAAGUUCCAGUAGAAUCGCUAAGCAAACAGCAAAGCUCGACCCAGACAGAUCAAGUAACAAGUACAGAAAAGGAAUCAAUUAAUCAUGAGGAAAAAUCUACAAAAGACAAGCAGUCGUCCACUGUAGACCAGACUGAGACAUUCAGAGGAGACCUGAAGACGUGCUCAUAUUGUGAGACAGAGGAACCGGCUGCUAAAACAUACAAAAAAUGUCUCAAAUGCAAGCAAGAAGGCAUUAUUAGUGCCAGGUAUUAUUGUGGGAAAAAUUGUCAGGCCUUGGAUUGGAAGUCACGUCACAGAGAGGAACACAAAAAUCAGCUCCUGGACUGAAAAACAUAAGUCGUCCAAGUCCAAGAUAAUUCAAAACCAACUUUAUGUAUAAUAUUCAUGUAGAUAAAAUAUCACAUGCAUCUUAAUGUGUAGAUCAGAUAGAUUACGUUGUACAGUUUUAUUUCUCAACAACGUUUUAUUUUCGCUAUGUUUGCUGAAGGAAAAAUUCGUGAAAUUAACAUAGCAGUGGAAACAACAAAAUUGUAGUCUCAGUGAAAUAAAAAUAGAUUUGUUCGAAAAUGUGAAACUAUAACGCAGUGACGUGACACAAGUAUAGUAGCCAUAUUUCUUUGCAUUCCAUUUCAACAUUUUAUUUAUGUGUUUAUAUACUAUGUACAGCUUAAAAUUCAGUCCUGUUUUUUUCCAUGGUAUCUUGUUUUACAUGUACAUGUAUUCGUGUAGUUUUUAUGAUGUGUCCAGUCUGUGAAAAUGUUAUUGUUAGAUCCUACUCGCUGCAUGCAGAUUUGAUUUGACGAUUUUGACUUACAGUAAGAGUAGAGAAGGCUACCUACAGCAACUAUACGUGUUGAUUUUAAUGUGAAUUUUAGCCCUCUUCCUGUGUAGAACAGGUAUCCUGUGUAUAACUUACUGUGUAACAUUUUAUGUCACCUGAGCAUAUGGGUGAUCUCUUGCUAUGUCUGCUCGACCCUCGUUGAUUUUUUUUUUGUUCUUUUACUUUUGAACAUUAAUUUUCAACAGAAACUACUUGAAUAUCUAAUAUCUGUCACCAUAUUUUAUGUGUUGCAUCUUUCGGGGUAUGUAAACAAAAAAAUGCCAUCUUUGAGUUCUAGGGGUGGGACCAAAAACUUUGAAUGAUGAUGUCAUCUGUAAAAAAAAAAUUCUUUACACCUGAACAUGCUGCAGGCAGAGUGAAUAGUUAUCAUGAUCAUGGCGUACCAAACUUGUGAAAUCCACGACUCCGGGGACAUAGGUUCAGAAUAGAUAUAAUAACUCCAGGGAAUAAGAUCAGGAUAGGCAGAAUAACUCCAGGGAAUAGGAUCAUGAUAGACAGAAUAACUCCAGGGAAUCAGAUCAUGAUAGAUAUAAUAACUCCAGGGAAUAGGAUCAUGAUAGACAGAAUAACUCCAGGGAAUCAGAUCAUGAUAGAUAUAAUAACUCCAGGGAAUAGGAUCAGGAUAGUUAGAAUAACUCCAGGGAAUAGGAUCAGGAUAGGCAGAAUAACUCCAGGGAAUAGGAUCAGGAUAGGCAGAAUAACUCCAGGGAAUAGGAUCAGGAUAGGCAGAAUAACUCCAGGGAAUAGGAUCAGGAUAAGUUGAAUAGGUCACAUAGAAAAUAUAUUUAAUCUUUUAAAAUUACUCCAGGGCGUGCAGCAAACAAACAGAAGGCAUAACGUUCUAGUGAGCACUGAGACCAAAUCAUUUUGACCAAUAGGAGAAUGCGUAAUUUCGUCUUGAAUGAAAAAUGAGAAAUAAUGGUCCAUGCAUUUGAUCGCCAUUAAUUGACAACAUACACUCGAAAGAUGCAACACGUCGUGUUUCUUUUGAGCGAUACUCGGGUGAGCCUUGAGGUCUGCGGUCGUUGUGUUUAUGGUGAAUUGUGUAAUAGAACAUAUUUAGAUUCAUAUUAUUUUUAUUUUAAGGAUUGUCUUAUUGUAUUUAUUUAUUUAUAUUUACAUUUCCAACGAGUUUGUCUUUGAUCUCCGUACAAAUUGAAAUUAUAGUUAUUUCCUCAUAUACUAGUAUGCGAUGCAGUUGUAAACAAUGUGUAUAUGAAAUCAUAAAUUUAGUUCACCUGUCUCAACGGCUGGGAAUUUGGACAGAAAUGAAGGUAAAAUGAAAAUAUAAAGAUUAAACCUUUUUUUUUUUUUUUAAAUUAAUGUGGGUAUGUGAACUGCAACACUUCACGCCGCUAAUGCGCUUCAGAAAAUACGCCGUUUUUUCAAAAAUUGUAUAAAUUUUUGUGUUUUUUGUACGAAGUUUUGAUUUCCAUGUAAGAUUCACGUGCAGCCUUAUUUACAUGCGUUGCGCACGUGUUAUUUUUGGAUUGUACAUGUAUGGUAUUCCGUGUGUUUUCCUAUUCCAGAACACCGUUGGGGUGUAUUCGGAAUAUUUUAUUUUUAGGUCACCCGAUUAAACUCGGGUGACCUAUUGCAAUUGGUUGUCGUCCGCCGUGUGUUACAUGUAACAGUUGAACAUUUUAAACUUCUUGAUAACUACCAGUCCAAUUCUUUUCAAAUUUGGUAUGAAACAUCAUUGGGAGAAGGGGGACAUACAUUGUAAAUUUCCUGACUCCAGCUCCCCUGGGGCCUUAGGGGCGGGGCAAAAACUGCCCAAAACUGACCAAUUUUCAAAAAUCUUCUUCUCAAGAACCACACACAUGUAAGAAAAACUAAAUGCAUAGUGAUGUAAAGCAGGAAAGCCUCUACCAAAAUUGUAAAUUUCAUAAUCCUCCGGGUAGGGUUUCUGACCCUAGGGCGGGGCCAAACUUGGUAUAAAGUGUUUGUGUAAAACACUUAAAUAACAUCUUCUUUAGUGCUAUUGAUACUAAUUGAAAGUAAAUAGAAAGGGCAGGUAGUCCUUUACCAAAAUUGUAAAUUUGAUGAUCCCAGGGGUAGGGGUUUUGGUAUCAGGGUGGGUCCAAGAUGGUCAGUUAUUAAAUUUGUGAACAAUAGACAUUUUUAACUUCCUUUUGAUAACUAUCAUUCCAAUUCUUUUCAUAUUUGGUAUGAAACAUCUUUGGAACAAGGGGGACAUAAAUUGUAAAUUUCAUGAUCCCCGGGGAAGGGGUUCUGACCCCAGGGCGGGGCCAAACUUGGUAUAUAGUGCUAAAUGGAUAGGGCAGGUAGUCUUGCCACAAUUGUAAAUUUGAUUUUCUCCAGAGUAAAGGUUCUGACCCCAGGGUGGGGCCAAACUUAGUAUAUAGUAUAUGUAUGUACAUGUAUGUGUAAGUUUGCUGAUACUGUAUAAAAUCUAAAUGCAUACUUAGGAAUAGCAGAAAAGGAUGUACAAAAAAUGCUGAAUUUCAUAACCCAGGGUUAUGACUUUGGAUACAGUCCAAAUUAGUCAUAUCUUUUGAUGUUUUAAUGUUAAUACGCCUAUUAUUUAAAGCUUUUCAUCAGUGUAUGCACUUUUGAGGGCAGUGGAGGUUUAAGAACAGAUCUUGUUUUAUACUGUUGCUGAACAUUAGAAUUUAGCUUAGAUAUUCAGAACAUGAAUUUUUUUUCUAGAUUUCAUAGCCCAUGGAAGUAGUGAUACUUUUUCACUAGUAUUCAGGUGACCGAUAAGGCCUGUAGGCCUCUUGUUUUUGUUUUUUUAAUUGUCAGUAGCAUAUCAUUGUUGAAUGUUCAACUUCAGGAAAUCCGCUCUGUUGUUACUUUUUGUGUAUUAACCAUGUACUUCGUUAUGAACUGCAAAUGUUAUUGGUGUACCGGGAUGCUCUCUCACUAUAUAUAUAUAUAUAUAUAUAUACAUAUAUAUAUACACGAGUUUGCGAAAUCAAGUCUACCAAUCCAUUAAAUAUUUAUUUACCACUUUAA